GCUGAAUCGUCCAAGUAAGGAACAAGGUCAUGGCUGGAAAGUUCAUCGAUGCGUACGUGGAGGGAGUGUGGAAUGUGUACGAUGGCGACUUGAGCGGGUACUUGGACAAGAAGGAAGCAAAGGUGUUCGUUCUGGGUCUUCUGGAUGAACUUGUCAACGAAGGGGUCGACGUGCCGGCCGGCAUUGACUUUGAUACGGCGUUUGCUUCGUACGAUCAGGACGGCAACGGCCGCUUGUCCCGGAAAGAAGCCCGCGUGUUCGUGGAGCAUCUGAUGGAAGCUCGAGACCAUGCGCAAGCACAAUCUGCCGUGGCGGCAUCUGAGACCAAGGCCUUCCUCGACCAGUACAUGGCCGAGAUUUGGACGUCUUACGACGACGAUGCCAGCGGGUUCCUCGAGCGCCACGAAGCUCGGGCCUUCGUGGACAAGCUGAUCGCAGACAUGGCCGCGUCAGACCUAGACGUGCACGGCUUCGACUUUGACGCGUGCUUUGAUGCGUACGAUCAAGAUGGCAAUGGCCGCUUGAGUCGCACCGAACUCCGUGUGUUCGUCGAACAACUCCUGGUAUGAUCGCGGCAGGUGUCAUCUACAAUAUAUAUAGCAUCUCCAUUGGCACGACUACAAGUUUCUGGUAGCUUCUUAUAUUCGUACUACAACCUUUGAGCACUUCCAUGGCAA